ACAGUCAGGGAAAGAGAGAGUGAGAAGUCCAGAGAGAGCGAGAGAGAGAGAGAGAAAGAGAGAGAGAGGGAGAGAGCAUUAACCCAGCCCACUUCCACAAAACCAUUCAAGUCCUACAGACUGAGCACUACUAGACUUCUCCAGAGCUCUGAACAUCCCUGGGGCAGCAGAGAAGCAGAGUAUCCCGCGCGCCGCUCAAACUUUCCCGAGGACCGGACGAGACCGCAGAAGGACGAGACCAGACCUGUAAAUCUCUCAGCUCCAGCCUGCCGUUCUUCCUGCCAAAAAAAGAAAGAAAAAAGAAAAAAAAACAAACAACAAAAAAAAACUUCUUCAAAGCAGGAUUAUACUUUUUUUUUUUUUUUUAAAGAAAAUUUACUUUUUGAUUCGAUUAACUGCAACAACUUUUUUUUCUCUUCUUCUUCUUGCUUGUCACACACAUACAGGUAGACACAGGCACACACACACACACACACACAAACACACGUGCACACACACACACGCACACACGUACUGCGCUCACACACAGUUUGUAAAUUUUAACUCGGCCAGCGUUGGCGCUCCGCGGCAGUAGCGGCAGAGCGGGAGAGGCGUCAGCUGCGUUCGCCAGUCGCUUCUGUCAGCGCCGCUCGUCAGAGUCUCCAGGGCACCUCCCACCGAGGAUGUCUUCAUUGGCCCUGUUGAGUGGAAUGUUGUUGCUCCUCUCCGGGAUUUCGGCUGCGGGCUGCUCCCCUGCGCCUCCCGGCUCGCCGUCAGAGGAGGCGGCGGCGGCGGCGGCGGCGGGCGGGGGCGGGGCCGAGGGCGAGCGGAGCCCGUCGGCCACGGCCUGCCCGUCCUGCGCCCUGGCCCGGCUCCCCGAGGAGCCGUCGGCUCGGCCGGACAUGGUGGAGGCGGUUAAGCGGCACAUCCUGAGCAUGCUGCACCUGAGCGAGCGGCCCAACAUCACGCGGCCCGUGCCGCGCGCCGCCCUCCUCAACGCCCUGCGGAAGCUGCACGUGGGCCACGUGGGCCAGGACGGCAGCGUGGAGAUCGAGGACGAGGGCCAGCGGCACGCCGAGAUCAGCGAGCAGGCCGAGCAGACCUCCGAGAUCAUCACCUUCGCCGAGGCCGGCGACUCCAGCGAUUCCGUCAACUUCCACAUGUCCAAGGAUGGCAACGACCUGUCGCUGGUGGAGCAGGCCAACGUCUGGCUGUUCCUCCGGCUGGCCAAGGGCAACCGGAGCCGGGCCAAGGUCGCCGUCCGGCUCCUGCACCGGCAGGAGGGGCCCGACGGGCGGGUCCAGGAGGUGUCCGUCGCGGAGAAGACGGUGGACACGCGCCGCAGCGGCUGGCACACGCUGCCCGUCUCCGGCACCGUCCAGGCCCUGCUGGACCGCGGCGGCAGCACGCUGGGCCUCCGGGUGUCCUGCCCGCAGUGCGCCGAGGCCGGGGCCACGCCCGUGCUGGCCGACGCCCCCAAGCGGGAGCGGGAGCAGUCGCACCGGCCCUUCCUCAUGGUGGUGGUGCGGCAGGCGGGCGACCAGGGACACCGGCGCAGCAAGCGCGGGCUGGAGUGCGACGGCAAGAUCCGCACCUGCUGCAAGAAGCAGUUCCACGUCAACUUCAAGGACAUCGGCUGGAGCGACUGGAUCAUCGCCCCCUCCGGCUACCACGCCAACUACUGCGAGGGCGACUGCCCCGGGCACGUGGCCAGCAUCACCGGCUCCUCGCUGUCCUUCCACUCCACCGUCAUCAGCCACUACCGCAUGCGGGGCUACGCCCCCUUCACAAACAUCAAGUCGUGCUGCGUGCCCACGCGGCUGCGCGCCAUGUCCAUGCUCUACUACGACGACGAGCAGAAGAUCGUCAAGAAGGACAUCCAGAACAUGAUCGUGGAGGAGUGCGGCUGCUCGUAGGCUCCUCCGCCCGGGGGCCUGGGCCGCGGGGGGGGGGGGGG